AACACAGUUUGCUCACACAACACAUGUACUCACACACGCUCAUAUAUCUCGCGGUUUCACAUACGCCGAUUCUACUAUAUGCCACCACCACUGUAGCUAGCAUGUGCAUUUAGUAUACUACAAUUCUACGAUCGUUCCCACCUUGUUCUUUCUGCUGAGCAUAUCAUAUAUCCAACUUCUGUACACUGAUUAUUCAAGUCACAUCAAUUUUGCUGGAAGAGGAGGAGGUUAUACAGAAUAUUUGUGCUCUACGUCCAGACAAUUUUGGAGUUGAUCUUGCCUCGAUAGAUAAGGAUACAUCCAGACUACAUAGAUGACUAUCGACAUCAGAUUCAAAAUCCCCGGACUAGACCUUCUUUAUCUGGAAACUGUUCGUGAAGAUAACCGUGAAGGAAUAUCAAUAAACUUGGCUAAAUGUACAAUUCAGUCGGUCGUCCAAAACCCGUUACUGGUUCUGGCAAACAGGAUAAUGACGGAUAUGAUCAUUGCCUAAAUCUCAAUCAUAUCAUCCAUCACUCCGAGACGGGACACGGCCCUUGCCCAAAUAGUCCUUGGACAAUUGACUGAUUCCAAUUCUUUGAUAGAAUUGCCAAUAUUCCAGUUAUUGUUUCUUCUUCAGAUUAGGCAACGAACAAGAAAACAAGAUGGCAUCAACAGACUCAAGCCAGUCUAAUUAUGAUGCAAAUGAGCAGAUCAUGGACAGGAGAGACGUCCCUUCGUACAGCAGUCCCAACACACAGAGCAGCCAUGUUCCUGUUCCUGAGAAGCUGAAAGAUGACCCAAAGCAACCUGGACCUUCUGGUCCAUCCUGUUCCAGUUGGUCUCGCCCACCACAGCUGCCCUUCAAGUCAAGAACAAAGCGCAAGGCGAUGUCAGCUUCUGAGAGAGACCGGUCCAUUACCUCAAGCCCCUCUUCAGAAUCUUCCCUAGGAGAAUCAAGAUCUCCUGGUGUCAUUUGGCGAGAUGGCUACAGCUCACCUGAAGGAGAUUGUGGAGGUAACAUUCCCACCAGGAUGUUCUCCAACACAUCUCGUCAGAGAAAGAGAGCUUAUACAGAUGACAUUCACUAUAGUAAUCAUGCAAAGUUGAUGCACAAUUAUGAUAGCUGCGUCUCUGACAUGUCUGAAUUCUCCCCUGACUCUGCCAACUGCUCCACACGGACCUCCCUGAAGGAUGAAUCCAAUGGGAGUGGGCACAACGGUCACAGCUCUAGCGGGAUGAACAGUGACCAGGAAAAGCAAGUAAAAAUAUCCCAGGCCACUUUUGACAAAGUCCUUAUCGAUGCAAGCCAGCGGAGGCAUAUCAGGAACAAGGCCAGGAACACUGGCACAGACUCCGGCUCAGACACUAGCUCUGGGAACAUGCGCAUGGACGUGACGAAGGUGGGCGGUAAAUCGCAAAAGUUGGAGAGUGCCACUUCGGAAUCCUCAGGUAUCGGAGCCAACUACAUGUCAUCGGUUCAGUGUGAUCUCACGCUGCCUCGUUCUACAAUCAUGACAGGUGGUGUUACUAACAGUAGCACUGGUGUGUCAACCAUGUACAACAGCCAAGGCAAUAAAGUUUCUGACGAGAGCAAGCAAGAGAGCAUGUCCAGUGGCAGCGGAGGGGGGCGUAAGCGACACCUACCAUGGUCCAUAGCGCGGUAUUACUAUCAAACAAAACAACCCCCUGUUUCUCAAGAUGCAUCCAUUGACGGUGAUGAUUGUCCUGUAGAUAUGAGCAAUUUGUCGAGCAAGCGUAUAGGACAGCCGGAGAGGAAAAGAAAGCGAUUCCAUCGGACUUUCACAGCUCUAAGACAGUGUGGCCUCCUAGAUCUUACCAUGCAGACUGCUUCGUUGAUGGAGCAAAACACUAAACUCCAGAAGCAGCUAGGUGAAUUGCACCGUCAAGCCCACCUCAUGUAUCAUACUGUCAGCCAUUUUUCAAAAAUUCAACCAACUGCUUUCGGCAGUUCAGAAGCGCAGAAAGUCAUGGACGGACUGAAAGAGAUGGUGGACAGGAACCCAGUACAGGACAUUGACAUGUCUUUGUUUGAGUCAAUGCCAGGCUCAAAGAACUCUCCAGCCAUUGAAAGUGGAGCAUUUAGUACAUUGAGCAAUCAGAUUCCAUCUUUUUCUGUUGAGUCCUCGUUGACAUCGGGUGCAUUGAGAAUACCGGGUACUUUAAGUAUAUCUGGGUCUCAGGACAAUCAAGGCCCAAGAAACAGUUCAGACAGUGCCAUUCAGUCUUUGAUCACUACAACAUCCAUUUCAAGUGAAAAAUCGGGACAAUGAAUUAAUGUAUACUAACUAGUAUACUUUCUCUUUUAAUGCUUGUUUAACUGUUCAAACAUUUUGAGUACUGAUUAUAUUGUGCGACUAGCUGUAUAGUAGAUCUUUUUAUUAUGUUAGUUGAUUUGAUAGAGCUUUUUACUCCCUAUUUUCUGUAAAGAUUUUUGCCUGCAGUGGAAGAGAGGGCAAGAAAUGACCAUGUAAUAUUAUUUUCUAAAAACCUGCAUGGACAAUUUGAAAGGUCACAAAAUGAGUUGAGUGAUUGAUGUUUGUGAAAUUACAUUUCUUUUGCAAAUAUUUAUAUCAUGAUGAAACAAUUUUCUUGAUACCCAAAGCCAGAGAAAUGGUUUGUUUGAUCACAUCGUAUAACAGACUGCAUACACUGCAGGGUACUUCUAGAAAAUUUCUACUCAUUUGAAUGAAAUCAGUAGCUCGACUGAAAUAAAAAAAAAUGUUGUGUACAUUUCCUGAUAAGCUCUUGCAGAAGAUGUAAAGGGAAAAAAGAGUUCUUUAUACAUUCACCAUGCAAAUCGUCUAAUGCUGCAAGAUAGAUAAAAUAUGUAUUAAUUUCAAGUGAAACAUGUAUGAAUACAUCUGAGCUGAAGCAACAUCUGCUGUACUUUUACUGAUUUUGAUGUUGGACUAGAUGUUUUAUACACCCUUUUCAUCUUGUAUUUUUUAUGAUAAGAAGACAUGCAAAUGUAUUCUGAUUUUGUAUCUUUAGUGAUUUAAAGUUUUGAACCAAUGAUUGAAUUCAGUGAAUUCUUGGAAGGCUGGAUAUUCAAAGUGAAUAUUAUUCUAAGAAAAGAUAUUGAUUCUGAAUAUUUUCAAAUUGAAACUGCUUUUUCUAGCUUAAAAAUUUGAUGUUUUAGUGUGUUGUGGGUUAUCUGUUUUAAAAACAACUUUUUUAGGUACCGUUAUUAUUUCAUAUUUUAUAACAUAAUCAACAAAUUAUGCUAUUGGCAGGCUGAUAAUUUAGAAAUAACGAAAGUAGUCAAUGAUUGUUUAAAAAAAGGAAAUGUGUGAAUAAUUACUGGUAAUGUUGUAGAAUGUAGAUGUGCAUAAUAUAUGCCAAAAGGACAUUGAAUGCCAAUGGUUGAUUAUUAUGGACAAUGAAAUGGCAAAACAAGUAGCUCCUUUUUUUUCUGUACACACUGUAUGUUUUAAAAUGUUUAAAAACGUAUGAUCUAUUUAUCAAUAAUCAGUAACUUCAAGCUUGUUAAGAUGUUGCGAGCAGGUUGUGAUGAGUAACUUGGAACCUUAUUUGCUAUCCUCUAAUUAGGAUUUUUCUUUCCAAACUUACUCCAAAUGUGUACCAUAGAUAUUGAGAAUACCUUGUUGGGUGUCUGAUAAAAUCACACUACAAUCCAAUUAUUCAAUACCUAUCACCAUCCACUUUACAUCGCCUUGAAAUUAAUUUUGUCCUCCUUCAGGAAGUGUCGAGUUUGACGAUAUUCUUGUAGCAUUUAUGUUAAUAACAUCAGUAGAAGAUUUAAGAUUAUGAAAUAAACAAGUGAAUUCAUCACUCUAAACAAUUGUAUUAAUAAUAAAUGCCUCUUUUUCUGAAAAGUACACAAACAAUUAACAACUGAAUCAUUCAUAUCCCCUUGUUUAUUUGAUGUUUUCUUUGUUGAAUACUUUUAGAUAUAAGUUUUAAUAUGUCACAUUCUCACGGAACAUUAAUCAAGGCAAAUCAAUUUAAACAUACUUAAAAAAUUACAAAACUUGGUAAUGGUAUCAUGACUAAUUUAGUUGUUAACUGAUUAUAGACUGUCUUGUUCACCUUUUGAUCAUUGAAUCUCUGUACAAAUGGAGUCCUUUGAAAGUUUGUUAGUUGUUACAUCAUGUAUAUGCUGGAUAUACAAAAAUUCUAGGUCAAUAUUGUGCGCACCAAAUGGAUGAAUGUAAUGAAAAUACAUGUACGUCAUCCAAUCUGUAUGAAAAGGCUGAUUUGUUAUUCUUCAAGCUACAAAAUAUUGCCCUGCCCCCGUCCAACAAUUCUCUCUUAAAGGAAGAGAUAUGACAUUCCAUGUUAAAUGUAUUGAGUAUUGACUGCUCAUUUAUCUUUACCAGUAUAUAAUAUGAGCCCCGUAACACAAAGGUUUGUAUUCAAUCAAUUACAACAUUUGAAACAAAGAUACCGAUUGGUUAAUGGUCAGCCUCUUGGACAAUAUGAUUAUGUGCAUGCAGCGAUCGAUGAUCUUGAUUGCAAUUUUGCGAUUGAUUGAAACUUUUGUGUUACAGAGUCCUGAUUUAGGUAAGACAUUCUGGUAAGAUUAAAUCUUUCUUGAAUAAAUUGAAAAUCUUGCCUGCUGUGUGGACCCUGUUUAUACUCUUUAUAGAUGAACAGUUGAAGAUGGGUAUAAAAGUAUAUAUAUUUCUAAAAAUGCUUCUUAAAUGUUACGACCUCGUUAUAAUCAUUUAUAUACAUGUAUUUUAUGAGACUGAAAGAUUACACUGUUGUAUAUAGAUUAAAUUAAACACUUUAACUUUGAGUAA